CAUGCAGAGAGGGUGGACGCUGUUUUCCGUCUGUGCGCGCAUCGCAAAGCGCAUCGGACUCUCCUCCUCUCUCCAGCCGCGCCUGCCUCUCUGAACUGAACCUCCCCGCGCCAGGAGGACUCAUCUCUCUUCCUCCCUUCCUCACACACACAGAAGCUGUUUUAACUUUCAGAAGGCGACAACAUCUCAGUGUGCUCUCAAGGUAAACGCUUUGUUGUGGAGGGAGACCUUCGUAUUUAUAGAGGAGAGAGAUUACGAGACUGUGACGGCGCGGCGGGUUUUUCUCCUCUCUUUGCCGAGCGGAGACCUGUUCAGCCCGAAAUGAUUGGCUGUUUCUUCCAAUGAGAAAGUCUGAGAAAUGUGUUUUUCCCCGGGCGACACCGUCAGCAUCCCAGCCAGAAUGUACGGGCGGAAACAAGCGAGCGUUUGCAUCCUCCAAACAAUAUUUGGAUUGUCCAGAACUCAAAGAUCUCAGAGUGCUGAAUGCUGAAUGCCAUUAACACCUUCACUGACAUCGACAACGCACGCCAUUAAGGAGUCUCACUUCACUUGUUACUUUCCCGUCUCCUUGCAAGAGCUAACGUUGCUGAGAAACUCCACCCGCUCGCCCUUUGACCCCUGCUGCUAUGGAGAACCUCAGUGAGCUCCAGAACCCGUUGUUGGACAAAAACAGUAAGCACAUGGUCAACGGUUACGGGGGCGACUUCCCUAAUAACCAGUACCAGGAGAACAUUAUUAACUACUUUGCUGGCGGAGGAGGUGGAGGCGAGGGAGGAGGAAAGGUGAAUAACGGCAACGUAGUGAGCAAUACCAACGGGAAGAUGAAAUCCCAGCAGCUUUUGGAUGCCACCUCGCUGCAUCUGGCGGUAGAGGCGUUCUACAGGCCCAACUUCAUCCUGUACAAGGAGGAUAGCGGCAGCAUCAAGGCUAAGGAAUACAAAAGCGAGUGCUGUGAGACCACGUUCACAGAGAAGAAGGCCAAGGAGGCGUCCAACACGGUGGGGGCGGACACGCCUGGCACCGAGGAUCCCCAGGCGAAGCUGCUGGAAGACGGCGAGCACAUUAAGAUCCAAACUGUCUCCUAUGAAGUUGAGGAGGAGGAGUACGUGGAGUACGAGACGGACUGCUCCAGCGACAGUGAGAGCGAGGACAACUUCAUUGUCGUCCCUCCACGAGACCACCUGGGCCUGGCCAUCUUCUCCAUGCUCUGCUGUUUCUGGCCUCUGGGGAUCGCAGCAUUUUACUUCUCACAGGGGACCACCAAGGCAGUGAACAAAGGUGACUUCCCACUGGCCAACAUCGCCUCCAGACGUGCUUUGUUCCUCGCUGCCCUCUCCAUCACUAUAGGCACCGGCGUGUACGUGGGGGUGGUGGUAGCUCUCAUCGCCUACCUUUCUAAACCAGGACACAUAUAGCAGCCGCACCUUCCCUCCGACACACCUCCAGGGAGCCCAGGAAGAGAACAACUCCCCCCCUCAUGGGAACGCCAUCGCUCCUGCAGACUUCGAGGAAAAGUUUUUCGGGGAUGUACAGUUUUUUCCCUCCGCCUUCCUUUCUUCCCAGCUUUCUCUCCCUACAGGCCCUCUGUCAGCCAAGAUUAGCCACAGUGACUGGAGAGAGGUCAAGCUGGAGGGUGAGAAGAGGGGGAAUUGGGGAUGGACAAA